UGUUAAAUUUAGUGUGACGAGAUUGCUGUCAUUACUUACAUGUUUUUCAUCAGAUUAUGGUAUGUCUCAUAGUAUUGUCACAAAUACCGCUGUUACAGAUAUAGAUUGUUGGGCAGCUACCAAACAUCUUGACUUCUCAGUAUUUAAGACUAAAAUUCAGUCUCAUAUUAUUUAUUCCUGUUACCCCUUGUGGUCGAGUGUAGGCCGCACACUAGCAUUCUUCAUCCAACUCUGACCCGGGCAAUCUUUUCCAGUUGCUAUUCAUUCUUUUCAUAUCUGCUUCCAAUUCUAAGUUCAGUGUCUUCUGUGGUCUUCGUUUUUAUGUUUCAUCUCAGGGUUCCAAGUUUACGCUUACCUCAUGAUGCAGUUUGAGGAUUUCCGUAAUGUAUGUUCUAUCCACCUCUAGUGUCUUUUCCAAACCUCUUCUUCAGCUGGAAGUUGGUUUCUUCUCUCGCACAAUAGUUUGUUGCUGGUAGUAUUCGGCAAACAGAAUUUGGAGUAUCUUACGUAAACAAUCGUUUAUAAAUACUUGUACUUUAUCACUGUUGAUUGUAAUAGUUCUGCAAGUUUCAUCUCCGUGCAGUGGAACUGUCGUGAUGUUCGUGUUGAAUGUUGUGACUCCGAUGUUGACUGACAGUUGUUUUGAGUUCCAUAUGUUCUCCAACCGUAGGAAUGCUGUCCUAACUUUGCCAGCCCUUGCCUUUAUAUCUGCAUGAGAUUCUUGUUUAUUGGUGGUGUUGUCAGAGUGCAUGAGUUUCCACAUCCUACAGAGCUUCUCCAUUAAUUGUAGUAUGAUUGAUGCUCUCUUUGUUGUGUUUCUGGACCUUGCUUCUUCCUUUGUGUAUAUUGAGGCAUACACUAACUGCCUUCACUUGCAUUUUUUGUAUAUGAGAUAGAAAAACUAGGUCACUUUCGAAUCCAAAUCUUGUAGGUGUAUCUAAGCUGUCUUUGUAUCCCGUGCUUCUUCUAAGAUAUGGAGGUCUUCAUGUUGAGCUUUAUCGCUCCAGAGGCUAGCUAUCUUCACCUGCAUCUUUUGGUGUGUAGAAAAAUUUAUUCAGUCUCAUAUUUUGAUUUGUAAUACACAUUCUACACCUUUUCUGACAAGCAUCAGUUGCUGGGUAAUCAAAGAGUAUCCGUCCAACAUUUUAUAUCACUCUGAGUCAAUUUUGUCCGCAUACUCGGAGUUAGAGUUUUUAUUCCAAUCACGUGAAAGUGACGAAAAUGGCAAACAGAGUCAGUUUAAUCCAAUCUCGUGCUAGUUUCAAACCCAUUGAAAAGGUUGUUUUAAUUUUUAACUAUAAAAGCAAUAUCUUCUAGCAUAAUAAUCAGGUUUUAACUAUAUCAAUCCUAGCAUUUUGAAGGCAAACCUGAUCUUCUAAGGCGCUUGUUGUCUCAUUGCACCGUGCUUGAUAGUUAUCACAUCUAUAACUUUGAUAUCAAGUUUUUAUACGAAUUCGUCUACCUUUCGUCCUCACAAUUUCUGAUAAUACUUGGAUUUUCUAGGUGGUCUAAACCACGUGUUAAUUAUAAUAGCAAUGCUGCUAAACGGAAAUAGAAUAGAGGUUAUGCUCUCGACAUUAUUUUACGCGUUCAAUUUUGUUGAAACGGUGCUUUUAUGCUAUUGGAAAUUUCAGCCGACUAGUUACUCUUUUAUGAUAAGAGUAACGAAGAGAACUGUUAACCAAGAUUUUGUGUAGAUUAAUUACACACCAAGGACUGCAAGAAAUGUUUUCUUCGAUGCAUAUUUCGUUCAGUAAUAUGCAGUUAUCGUUCCCACAGUAGAAAAUGUAAGCAUUCUCUAUAGGCAUAGAGUUUUCCUCUGGAAAUAGAAAACUUAAAGUGUUAUCCUCAAAGGCUUUUUUUGUAUAUAACAUUUCACUAUUUAUCAUUUUUGUUUCAUAGUUUAUGCACUAUUGUGUGGAUCUUUAAUGGUCGUUAGAUUCGUGAUCUAAACAACAGUUUAUCAACAUCACUUCAUUCUUUUAAUUGGUUUCCUGAAUCAAAGUCAUCGCAAAGGAAUUUAACAUGUCCAACCCAAUCAAACACGGUGUUACAUUUUUAACCAGAGAAGAGGCUCACUCAACGUUGCGUUUAGAAGACUACUACGAUAUCGAUCGUAAAUUUUCAAAGCCUGGAUUUCGAACUGAAGAUGGCCAGUUCAAUUGGCAUUGCUCUUGUGUUAGUUCAUACAUAUCCGGUCCUUGUGGAUACUUCUUUCGAAAUUUUAUGCAGAAUAUUGACAAAUUUUUAAAAAGCGAGGACGCUUUUGAAAAACAACAAAAUCGAAACUUGUUUAUUCAACUUCAUUCUCAGUUAUUAGGGUGUUUGAAAGCUCAUCCUGUAUAUUAUAAAUCAUUCAUGGAUGAGUAUGCUUCACCGUUAGAUAGUUUGAUGAAAGAUGUAGAAUAG